AUGGUGAUUGUGUUGGAGAAGGAGUUGGCUGCCCUCUCCAUGAAACCGGGAGAUGAUGUGAAACCGGUCCUUGACAAGAUCAAGGACACCUAUGCGAGGAUGGCAGCGGCGGGCAGCGAGGUGUCGCAGAUGCAACACAGGACAAAUGGACACCUGAGUGGCUACAGCAGCAGAUUCUGCAGGAGGACUUUCGCAGGUGCCACACGGGAGGUGGUGCUGCCAACAAAACUGCUGAGGGAUAUGGAGCUGCAGGAGGCAGCAGAGGAAGAGGGGGAGGGAGAGGCCAAGGCCGUGGGAGAGGCUUUGGCAGAGGGAGAGGACGCGGUGACUAUAAUGAGGGGCAUGGGAGCUCUAUUGGCAGGGGGAGCACCCAAAUGGAGGGUGCGUGCUGGUACUGCAAGAAGGCUGGACACCUGUGGUUCAAGUGUUUCAGCUAGCCUGAAGGAUGGGCCCCUCUAG